UGAUGAUGCGAUCCACCGUGAGGGAGGUGCAUGCCGGAUAAUUAAGGUGAACCCGAAACAUCGUCAAGCGUGAGAUUAGGGAAAUUCGGAUGAUCGACGCGAGUAGGGACUGCGCGACCCUCGAUCCAACCCGCGGCUGCUUCGGACGCGCGCGGACUGUGCGGCGUGUAACUAAAUAGUAAUGAUCAUAAGUUGAUUUCGUGCAUCAUGGUGACAUCGGCGGACUGAUGACUUUUAACUGGUCAGUGCGCAGCAGGACCCGCCGCCUCAGAACCGGAUGCCACCUGCAGCGGCUCCCGGGGUCGUUCUGUGACAGGUGGGCUGAACCGAAGGCAUCUUCAGAUUGAGAGACGUUCGCGCGUUAGUGUUCAAAGGGUGUAGCUCUGUGGCGGUGUGCCCGAUGCAUUCAUGGAUCUGAACGAGUCUCCGUAAUUCUCCUGCUGUAGGAGGAGGGGCCCUACAGUGAGCAUUCGGCCCCGCCACCACCAUGAGGCAGCCAGCUCGGCCUGACAGAGCGGAGAAAUCUCCCUUCAUCAACCACCCCAACCUGGCCGGGCAGCGGGGGAAAUGCACACGGAAGCAGCGUCGGGCUAAUAGUCCCAUCUGAGGGUGCAGUGGAGAGCAAAUGGGCAGAAAGAGAGCGAGCGAGGGGAGCCGCUGACUCACAUUGCGUCACCCCAAAUGACAGCGAUGUCCUUUUUAACGCAUUGUUCUCCGAUGGAACCUCCUUGUUAGAAGACGCUGCGCACCCCCCCCCCCUGUGAGGCCACAGAGCUGAGGGGCAGAGGAGAGGGAGAACGAGAGAAAGUGAGAGAGAGAGAGACAGAGCGGGGGGAAAAAAAAAAAGAGACUGUGACAGGCCCCCAUGCAGGCGCGUAAGAAGUAUGGUCUGCUGGGCUUGUGUGCGUGCUGCUGGCUGCUGCUCUUUUACUGGGGUGGAGGAGUCCAGCUACGUCUGCUCCGGCUGCUGACGCGCCAGCCGGGUGAAGUGGUGCGCCCCUGGCCCAACUGGACCGACAGGGCCUUCCUGCCCCGCUAUGCUCACCUGGAUGAGCUCCAGGUGGACCCCGGGACGGCCGAACUGCCCCACCAGCGCCGCCAGGCGUGGUCCGCCCUGUACAAGGACAGCCGCUGCCGCAUGGAGACCUGCUUUGACUUCUCGCGGUGUCGCCGCAGAGGGAGGGAAGGGUUCAGGGUGUACAUAUACACCUCGGAGAAAAGCGACCGCGUGUCCGAAAGCUACAAGAAGAUCCUGGCGUCCAUCGCGGAGUCCCGGUACUACACGUCGGACCCCCGUGAGGCAUGCCUGUUCGUGCUGGGGAUAGACACCUUAGAUCGGGACCAGCUCUCAGGACAGUUUGUGGCCAACAUGGACGAACGAAUCCGCGGUUUCCCGCUGUGGAAUGACGGGCGGAAUCACUUGAUCUUCAACCUGUACUCGGGCACCUGGCCUAACUACACAGAGGACCUGGGCUUCAACAUCGGCCAGGCCAUCCUGGCCAAGGCCAGCCUCAACACAGAACACUUCAGGCCAGGCUUCGACGUCUCCAUCCCGUUGUUCUCCAAGGAGCACCCGCAGAAGGGCGGGGACCGGGGCUGGCUGGUGAGGAACACCAUUCCACCACGAAGGAAAUACCUGCUGAUGUUCAAGGGCAAGCGUUACCUGACGGGCAUCGGCUCAGACACCAGAAACGCUCUUCAUCACAUCCACAAUGGAAAGGACAUCGUGUCGUUGACGACGUGCCGCCACGGGAAGGACUGGGAGAAGCACAAAGACGCCCGCUGUGACCAUGACAACCUGGAAUAUGAGAGGUUUGAUUACCAGGAGCUCCUCCACAACUCCACCUUCUGCUUGGUGCCUCGAGGUCGACGCCUGGGCUCCUUUCGUUUCCUCGAGUCUCUACAGGCGGCGUGUAUCCCAGUGCUGCUGAGCAACGGUUGGGAGCUCCCGUUCUCCGAUGUCAUUCAGUGGAACCAGGCGGUCAUUGAGGGAGAUGAGAGGUUACUGCUGCAGGUGCCGUCCACAGUGAGAGCCGUAGGGAAUGAGAGAGUCCUGGCCCUCAGACAGAGGACCCAGAUGCUGUGGGAAGCAUACUUUUCCUCCGUGGACAAGAUAGUCCUCACCACGCUGGAGAUCAUCAAGGACCGUGUGUUCUCUCACACAUCGAGGAACAAGUACAUGUGGAACUCCCUGCCGGGAGGUCUGCUGGUCCUACCAGAGUACUCCACUCACCUCACGCAUUUUCCUUUCUACUACCUGGGAUUAGGGGUCAGUCCAGGUCAGGAGUUUACUGCGGUCAUCCACGCUGUUUCCCCAUUGGUCUCCCAGUCCCAGCCAAUCAUGAAGCUGCUUCAAAUGGUCUCCAAGUCUAAAUACUGCUCCCAGAUCAUCAUUCUCUGGAACAGCGAGAAGCCGCCACCCAGUCGGAGUAAAUGGCCCCCCAUGCCCGUCCCUCUCACGGUGACAGACGGCAGGAGGAAGACCACCAGUCGGUUCCUACCUCAUGUUGCCAUAGAGACAGAGGCGGUGCUGAGCUUGGACGAGGAUACGGUCCUGCUGACCAACGAGGUGAACUUCGCCUUCUUGGUAUGGCGCAACUUCCCAGAGCGGAUCGUGGGCUACCCCCCCAGGAGCCACUUCUGGGAUCCCCUGAAGCGGGCCUGGGGUUACACCUCCAAAUGGACCAACGACUACUCCAUCGUCCUGACGGGAGCUGCUUUCUACCACAGGUACUACCACUACCUGUUCUCCCACUACCUGCCCCAAUCUCUGCGCACUCUGGUGGAUCGCACCUCCAACUGCGAGGACAUCCUUAUGAACUUCCUGGUCUCUGCUGUAACCCACCUGCCGCCAAUCAAAGUGGCUCAGAGGAAGCAGUACAAGGAGCUGCCCAGUCCGCAGAGUACAAAGAGUGUCCCAUGGGCCAACCCGGAGCACUUCAACCAGCGGCAGGAGUGUGUCAACACCUUCGCCAACUGGUUUGGCUACAUGCCUCUGGUCCACUCUCAGUUUCGCCUGGACCCCGUGCUCUUCAAAGAUCAAGUGUCCGUCCUCCGCAAGAAGUACAAAGACCUGGAGAGGUCAUAAAAAUGAAGGACGAGAUGGACAGUGCGCCUGGGAAGCCUUGAGAUGAGUGGUCUAGUGGCCUUAAUGGACCAACGUGGGGUGGAGGGUCAAGAUGGGGAACUGUCUGAAGACGGUCCGGGAUGUGGAGGAAGUGGCAGGGUGUUCCGUUUGUGACGUGGACAAAGUACAACCCUCAGACAGACCCUGGUGGACUGUUCUGGACUACAAACAUAUAAAUGUGAAGAGAAAAAGGCGCCUAUACAAGUUCAAAAGGAACCUCCCGCCUCCUACACAAAUCUGGUAAGCCAUGGAGAAGAUCUAGGGGCCUUGACAGAGUCCCUGGGAUUCUCACUGAAAAAGGACAAUCCCUAUUGGACAACUAAAGAAAGCAAAAAGCAUUUAGAACACUUUGGAUUACUGUUGCUGCGGUGACAUCAGGAAGGAAAUGGCAAUCUCAUGGUGGGAGGGACGAGUACUGGUGCCAUGCACUCCUUCAGCAGGUCAGGGACUGUUACCAUGGAACCGGACCAUUUCACAUCAAAAUGCUAACUGUAAAACCAAUAAAGAGAUUUCUAAACGCAAACUCUGGCAUGACGUUGUAUUUACUUUUAUCUUACUUAUCUUACCAUUUUUUAAACCAGAUUGUCUCAUGACGCGUUA